AUGGCUGAAGCCGCUUCGACCACGGCACCCAGAAAACCCAAAGCCAAGUCCAAGGAACCGUUCUACGCCGUGUCGCCCUUGUGGAAAGAUGUCGUCCCCAUCCCCCUCAUCGACGGUCCUCCAGGCCAGAAAGAUCCCGGUCCGGCGCUCGCCACCAUUGCCUACUCGGUGCGGUACAGCGAAGCCAUGUCUUACUUGAGGGCCUUGAUGGCCACCAACGAGUUAAGCCGGCGAGCCCUGGACCUGACCGAGGACAUUAUCGGCAUGAACCCGGCGCAUUACACGGUGUGGCUGUAUCGUGCCAAGAUAUUGAAGGUGCUGUGGGAGAAGGAGGAAGUGAGUGUCGAGGACGGAGUCGGCCAGGAGCUGGAGUGGUUGGAAGGAGUCAGUGAGCGGAACUUGAAGAACUAUCAGAUUUGGCACCACCGCCAACUGUUGGUUUCGCUCCUGCCGAGCCUCCCACCCAACGAAGCCGACUUCAUCACGCACAUCCUCUCCUUCGACGCCAAGAACUACCACGUCUGGACGUACCGCCAAUGGCUCUGCCGUCGCUUCCCGGACCCGCUGUUGACCACGGACAUGGAGCUGCAGGCCGUCGACGCCCUCAUCAACGAGGACGUGCGCAACAACUCGGCCUGGAACCACCGGUACUUUGUCUGCUUCGGCGCCGAGGAACUGGCGGCGAUCGAGGACUCAGACAGCAAGAUCCGCAAAGACGUGCUCGCGAGCGGCAAGCUAGUCGUCGACGAGGAACUGGUCGAAAGGGAGAUCAACUACGCCAAGGACCACAUUGCGUGGGCCCCGCAGAACCCGUCGCCAUGGAACUACCUCAAGGGUGUGCUCAAGCGCGCUGCCAUCCCCGUGACCGAUCUCCAGGUCUUCUGCGAGGGCUUUGUCGGCGGCAAGGGCGCCGAUCUGAUGAGCGACAGCGGCAGCGUCAAGAGCAGCCACGCCAUUGAUUGGUUGGCCGACAUUUAUCGCCUGGAUGGCAAGAUCGAGAGGAGCAGGGCGUGCCUGGAGGCGCUGGGCAACAAGUGGGACCCCAUCCGGAAGAAGUACUGGGACUGGAGGGCGAAACAGCUGGGCGAGUGA